GCCAAGCUGCUCGCGCACAACCGCGAGGUCUUGUCAGCAGCACGAGCGAUGCUAGUCGAGGGUCGCGUGGAAACAGACUAAAUAGAAACAGCUCGGCCAGGUAUCGUCUUGUUUCAGCAGAGAGUGAAGAUAAAGAGGCAGUAUGUCGGUGCUAGCUCUACAAGAGUACGAAUUUGAGAGACAGUUCAACGAGGACGAAGCCAUACGAUGGAUGCAGGAGAACUGGAAGAAGUCCUUUCUCUUCUCUGCACUCUAUGCUGCCUUUAUCCUCGGGGGCCGCCAUGUCAUGAAGCAGAGGGAGAAGUUUGAGCUGAGGAAACCACUGGUGCUAUGGUCUCUGACACUUGCUGUAUUUAGUAUAUUUGGUGCCAUCCGUACUGGUAGUUAUAUGACCUACAUCCUCAUGACGAAAGGGCUUAAACAGUCAGUUUGUGACCAGAGCUUUUACAACGGGCCUGUCAGCAAGUUCUGGGCAUAUGCCUUUGUACUAAGUAAAGCUCCAGAACUGGGUGACACUCUCUUCAUUGUCCUGAGGAAGCAGAAGCUCAUCUUCCUCCACUGGUACCACCACAUCACCGUGUUGCUCUACUCCUGGUACUCCUACAAAGACAUGGUGGCCGGCGGCGGCUGGUUCAUGACCAUGAACUACUUGGUCCAUGCUGUCAUGUACUCUUACUACGCCUUGCGGGCAGCCGGCUUCAAGGUGUCCCGGAAAUUUGCCAUGUUCAUCACACUUACCCAGAUCACCCAGAUGUUAAUGGGCUGUGUGGUCAACUACCUGGUGUACUCGUGGAUGCAGCAGGGCCAGGAGUGUCCAUCCCACAUGCAGAACAUUGUGUGGUCCUCCCUCAUGUACCUCAGCUACUUUGUGCUUUUUGUCCAGUUCUUCAUCGAGGCCUACAUGAGCAAGUCCAAAUUAUCGGUCAUAGCUGCCACUAAGAAGAACGAGUAAACAAAUGCCAUAUGUUUUUAAAGAAGGGUGAACAAGAAGAGUAAGGGAGUUGGAAUUGGAGAGCUGGGACCAGUGACUUGAGAGAGUCUCUUAGGGUUUGGGAAGGGUUUUUAAAAGGAAAGAUGGAUUAUGAGGAAGGUGAAGACUUGAGGAGUCAGGGUAGAGUGGGGGUGGGUGGGUCAAAAAGGAUUGGUUGUGUUUGUGCUUGAGCAUCACUAUUAAUGUGCAGAUCUAAAAUGCCUCGAAGGAAGUGACAUCUCCAUCAAGGGAUGCUGAGAAAGCAGUGCCGCCAUGAUCAGAAGCCAUCACAAGUUGUCUGCCUGAAGUCUAAAAGCCCCUUAUGAAUUCACCAUGAAUUGUUUUUAAAACUUAGAAUAUAACAAAAGGACGAACAUCAUUAGAUUAAAAAAAAUACAACUGCAAAGUGCAUAUGUUUACUUGAUAUUAAAAAAGGAAAAUAACCUGUACAUAUGAAGAUGGAUGGAGCGUUAACUUAAGCCAUCUGAGUAUGUUUUUGUCUGUCUGUCAUCAGUGUUUGUCGUUUGGUUUUGGUAUGUCAAAGAAAAAGUUUAAGACACUGGUGAGCGUGUAAAGCUACUGAGAGUUUGAACCAAUGGGGUGAACGGCACUGUUUCUUCUGUGUCUUACAUUGCAAAAAUGUGAUAUUUUCUCAGGUCUUAGGUUCUCUCUUUCUUAAUAUAAUAUGCAUAUCAAGACAAAGUGGACAUGUUUAACAUCAGUACCGGUUUACAGUAUGGCGUAUAUUCACUCAGUAUGGCUGAAGGUAUGAAUGAAGCUGAUUGGACUGCCUGACCAAGAAGAACACACUUCUCCUGGGCAUGAUGGGAAACAGAUGCUGACAGUGCCCUGCUUCACCACACCCCAUAACUUUGCAGAAGUUGCUGACCACACUUGGAAAAUGACUUUUCAUUGAUUUCCAAAUGCUACUCUGUGUUAAAGGGUCCCUACCAGUGAACAAAAACUUGUCUGUUGGACACUGAAGGCUUAAAAGGACAACAUAUUUAUGUCUAGCAAAAAAAAAAAGAAAAAAUAAAUAAAACAUGCAAAUUGUUAAAAUCUGCUGUAUUGACUUAAAAAAAAUUAUGUAUCUUUAAUGGUGUCUGUUGUGCUAUUGUGCAUUUGCACUGUAUCAAUGUCCAAACUUGUUGCUGAAAACCUUAACAUAUGAACAAAGAGUGCAAAAAUG